GUGAUCAAAAUAGUACUCUCAAGUCUUCCGAAAAAUCAUCUAUUAACUGUUUUCUCAAUUUAACGAGACCUUCGAACGAAGGUGCAGUGAUUUAUUCAGGGAUUUUUACUCAGUGAUUUAAUUUUCACUUCGGAUUUAAUGCAUUAACUGGGUGAAAAUGGUUCCACAAAACAGCCCAAGUGCCUCCAGUGAUUACAGUGACGAUGGAUUGAACAAUAAUCAGUCAGUGAUGUUUGGUUCACAAAUGAUAAAUCCGAACACCAACACACCGUACUCGGAUGCUACUAUGUGCAAAAAAGCUACUAAUCAUGUUAAACGACCAAUGAAUGCAUUUAUGGUUUGGUCGCAGAUAGAGAGAAGAAAGAUAUCAGAAGUCGCUCCGGACAUGCAUAAUGCGGAGAUCAGUAAACAAUUGGGAGCAAGAUGGAAAUUACUCGAUGAAAAUGACAGACAGCCAUACAUAGAAGAGGCAGAGAGACUGCGUUUAUUACACAUGCAGGAAUACCCAGACUAUAAAUACAGACCGAGAAAGAAGGCCAAGCCAACCACUACUAAACCGGAAAUUUCAAAAGGCAAAGUCACAAAGCCAAUAGCGAAGUCAAGAAAUGACCGGAAUCGUUACCAGAAGACCACCUCAGCUGUCAAAGCUGCUUUAUCGACACCGUCACAGUAUACUACCAGUUCCUUACAAUCCAGCAAUACUCAAAACAGCAGGCUCAAACUCAAAUUGACAAUCGAUGAAAAAUUUAAAGAGUGUAUUCGUGCUAGUAAAAACAUUCAGGUCCCAUCUUGUCAGCUUACACCGCCAGGUAAAGUUCCGGCAAGUCCUGAAUACACACCCAUGACCCCAGAGUCAACAUUUUACCCAGAGGAUCAUUAUGACACUCCAGCCCCCUCGCCCCAGGAGGAGGUGGCAGUUAUUGUGAAAACGGAAUAUCAUAUCAAUAAUAACAGUAUAAUUCAACAGCCAGAAGGCUCUUCCCUUGCAGAUCUGGAUAACCUCACGGACAUUCUGCAAAUGCCCUCAAAUUGGCAAAUGGAUAUUGAAAACAUGGAUUUAAGUAAACUCGCAGAUACUGACUUUCCCAAUUUCGACACAAACAUUCAGCCAGUGCAAAACGUAAACACUUCAAGCAUGGUACAUUCAACGUCCAGUGCAUUAGUCCAUAAUAGUGCUACAGUCAUUCUAAACACAAAUCCAUCUUCACAUUUCGAAUUUCCAGAUUACUCAACUGCGGAGGUUUCAGAAAUGAUUGGACUAGAGAACGAGUGGUUAGAAAUAUCAGCACUUGGCUCCCUUGCCACUGCUCACUAGACUCUUGAACAGCUCAAUUCAUUGUGUAUUUCCAAUAUAUUAAUAUUAAAUAUAUGUAUUGACUGUUCAUAACAAAAAAGUUAUUAUUAUUUACGGGAUUAUGUGCAAGAUACGAAACUGUUGACUGUGAGAUACGUUAUUAUACUUGAUGCAUUUUCGUUGAUGAAUAAGAGAUUUAAAAUGUUCACCUCAGAAUUGCUGACUUCGUGAUCGAAAUUGCCUUUUUUUUUUACCUAGUGGACCAUAAUAUAAUACGGCAGGAGUUAAUGAACUUUGUAUGAAAUGUAAAUAUGUAAAUAGUCGUACGACAAUAUUAUAUGUAUAUUUUGUUACGGUGAAAAGAGGUGAACUGUCAUAUUAUAUUGGUUAAGAGAGAGAGUAUUUAUGUUAUACAGACUGUUGUUGUGAUUUUUUCAUUUAUAAAAGUGGGUAUGUCUAGAGGGGCAGAAAUGGUUCCCAGCAGAGGCUAAGACUGGGGGAUAUGAUAUGCAUUGUCUUUACCAAAGUUGUUCAAACAAUAUGUUCAGUAUACGAUUAAUUUCACAUAAUGUUAUACCCAGUAGAUUAGAGUGUGUGAUAAAGUAUAAUCUAUUAUUGUACGCAAUAUUUAGUCAAAUUUUAUGUCUAUUGUUUUGAUUUCAAGUGUCGUUCCAGUUAUUUGUCAAGUCACAUUCUCACUUUUUUUUUGAUAUUCCAAACUCAGAUAUAUGUAUUGUAUUUUGAUACUGCUAUACUGAUAUUUUUCAAUAUAUUUUCAUAUGAAACAUUUUUUAUACAUUUACAAAAUGUAGUGUAACUGGUUAGAAUAUAGAGAAAAUGCUGUAUACAAGUUUAUAAGCAAUGAAAAUGACUGCCAGUAAAUGACUUUUUAAACAGGUUGUCUGAAUACAUCUAUUUUCUAGGAAUAAGCAUAAAUAGAAAUUUAGUCGAUUAAGAUGCAAUAGGGACUUGAAUAGGUUAUUUAACUGAUACUUAAUGCAUUUUUAAAUAUGAUUAUACAGAGAACUUUUGUCUCAAAAUAUUGUUAGACAGGCAUUGUCUUUAUUUGUGCUAAUAUAUAUCAAACUUAUCCAAUGUACAUAUUCAUUGUAAAUAUCUAUUUAAAUCAUUCAUCAACGAAAUACAUUCAUGUUAAAUAUUUAUGAGAUGGUACAGCCAUUCACUGUGCGAAUACUGAAAAUGCUGAAGCAGUUUGUGCGACUUUUGCCUUACAUAAUACUUUGUAUCAAUGUCAGUGAAAUUCCACUAAACUGAAUGAAAAACUGAA